CCCGCGCGCAGCGGCCAUUGCAAGUAAAAUCGAAGCAAGCUCUUGAAGUGGCGUUUUACUGUUGCAAAACUCUUGGUGCAUUUCAAGUGCGAAAGUGUACGAGAUCAUCGUGCAUUGAACUAUUCAAGAAGUGAAUUACGAAUUCCAAGUGAAAGAGACAACAGACUUUGUGCCAACAAAUUCAUAUUUUGCUGGAGGUUAAAGAAAUAAAAGAAGAAUGUCUCUUAUACCGAUGCUAUUCUCCAACUGGUGGGAGGGUCUGGAUAGACCUCAUCGCUUGUUCGAUCAGAAUUUUGGAUUACCUUUGAGUCCUGAGGAUUUGCCCACAACUUUGGUUCCGUACGACCCGGAAGUUAUGGUACUCAGACCUCGUCGCCGGGGACUCCGAAGAUUCCAGCCCUACGAGAGAGCCUUAGAACGCAAAACUAGUGGAACAUCAACGGUACAAGCUGACAGGAACAAAUUCCAAGUCACACUGGAUGUUCAGCAGUUUGCUCCAGAGGAAGUGACUGUUAAAGUUGUGGGAAAGAAUGUAAUUAUCGAGGGAAAACACGAAGAGAAGCAAGACGAGCACGGCUGGAUUUCCAGACAAUUUGUACGAAAAUACCUAGUACCCGAACAGUGUGAUAUUGAUCAAAUUCAAUCCAGUUUGUCAUCUGAUGGAGUGUUAACAAUCACUGCUCCAAGGAAGGAACCGGAGUCAAAGAAUGAAAGAGUUAUCAAAAUCCAAGCCACAGGACAGCCUGCUCUGAGGGAGGAUGCAAAAUCAAAUGAAGUACAACAGAAUGAGAAACCUUCACCCCCAAAGACUCCAGCACAACAAAGAGGACAGAAGGAGCAUACAGUCAAGGCUGCUUAAGAAGAUACUUAUUCAUUUAAAAUUGGUUGCAUUUUAGCAUCACACAUAUUUCAUCUUCAUAAACAGUAUUUUCUCACUUCAUCCCUUUUAUAUUAACUUCUACCAUUUUUAUUCAUUCCAUUUAAGUUGAGAGAGUUGUGUUUUAGUUUUUUUUCUUUUUCAAUUUUUCGUUCCUAUAAGAUCAUACUUUAGAUUAUUCAAUUUCAUAUCUUAAUAGACAUAUAAGAAAACUCUUGUUUUUUAUCUAUUGUA